AGCGCCGAUUUGGGUUUUAUGCGUUACUCAAACAGGUUGUGCUUUAGUGAUGUGAGGUAGUAUUAUCAAACUUCAAAUCAUUCAGGUUUCCCUGUGUAAUAACUUGUAGACUGCUCCCCAAAAUUAUCACCAUCGUUCCAGUUUCUAAAUGUACCUAUAAACUCGAAGUCCGACACCUAACUGGUGUUCGAACACCAAAAAGAUCUUGGUGAAGAAACUGACAAAGUGCAAAGUCUCCUAAUCACUCUGAGCAAUAAUGCAAGAUCAUUUAAAGUGGGCUUUGUCUCUUAAAUGAGAAAUGUUGCUUUAGGACUUUUCUAGAACAACAUAUAAACUAAUUGUAGGAUGCGAAGUAGUUUAGUGCAUUGACCACUUCAUUUAUCUAAGUGGUCUAGUCAGCUGUGAUGUGUUUGUGUUGGGUGAGAUCGCGUCACGAAUUUGGAAAGUUCGGUUGAGUUUCGCUAAAUUGUGUCACUUGUGGUGUAUGUGCAGUGUCCAUCUACCGACUAAAGUACGAGUAUACUGCACAGUAAUUCGUUCUGUCCUACUUUAUUGCUGUGAAGGAUAUUCUAUGAAAGUAGAUGUGAGUAGGCUAAAUAGUUUUUGAUCAUGGGGGCUUUGAAACAUUGCGUGCGUUUCUCGGAACGACCGAGUUGGCAAUGUUGAUGUUUGAUAAAUGUGUUAGAUCGGUCGGUGAGCCUAUAAAUUUCCAUCGACUCAGGUAGUUAGGACAUGUGUUAUGUAGACCCAACCACUGUAUGCCUCAAAGAGCAAUGCUUGAUUGUACCGUGUUAGGUUGGAUGAAAGAUAGGCAUGGCCAAACAGGAACGUGGCAUCAGCCUAUGAAGUCACCGACUGUUGUCUGAACUAUGUAGGCAGAUGCAAACUACUUGUUUAAGUUCACAUGUUAACCGCAACCUGCGAUUGGAGACUUUAAAUGACAGCUCAGAAUAAUUCACAACAACGAGGCAGGGUGGCUCCCCAAGAAAAUCAUCUGCUUGUGUUUAGGCGCCCGGGUAUUAUUCCAGCUCUCAUAUAAAUCGAAUUAUUUUUGUGGCGUAUAUAUAUUUGGUGCCUCCUUGUACCAAUAUCUGUGUUUAAAUAAAUAGAUAAAAUGCAUUAAGUCCCUAGCUGCCUCUUGGUUUCAGAUUUCAAUAUCCCUUCAUACAUAAAUUUCCUGUCUUCUUAAUCAAUAUUCUCGAUGUUUAAUCUUCCGUUUUGUCACUUCUACAUUAUUUCCGUCCUUUUAUCUCGUCGUGCUAAUUAUGUAUGAGUACGUCGGGGGAUUCAGUGUAACAUUUUAUGUACUCGGCUUUGAGGCAUAUUAUGUGAGACUAGGGAUGGCUACCCAGACGGACCAGGGUUCAAAUAUGUAACCUAGUGGUUUUAAUCAGCAAGCAACUGCUGCACAUUUAACAUAUUAGUACUACUUGUAUGAAGUUUAGCAUUGGGAUGUUGUUAUCAGCAUACUCAAGCUUGUAGAUAAUUUUGCAUCCAGAGACUACAACUAAUUCACAAAAUACAGUGCAUAUAAACAAUAUGUUUUCGGCAUCUCAUAAAUGGUUUCGCUUUCCGUUUUCAUAGGCGUUUGUAGAUAGUAGGAAUAUGCGUUUAUGCUCAGUCUUUCAAUAAGUUACUCAUUUCAAAUUACUCAUAUUGAAGCUUAGAUUUAAUCUUACAUCAAUGCACCCGGGUCUGGUAAAUUUGAAGACCAGUGUCUUAAUUUAUUACACAGGGAUUCGAGAAAGUAUGUCGCUUUAUCACUUUCUAUUUUACGGAGUGUCUUGUAAAUUGAAUAGGUUUUUGAUCAAACAAACCAUGCACAAAGUGUCAUCUUUUAGAGCUGUUAUUAAAAGUGUCAAUUAAAUUAACUGGUAAAUGUAUUUGCUGAAACCUCUAAGAUAAGGUUUUUUAUCGUGUUCUUCACCGCAGAAAUGAAAUCUGGCUCCAAAAUACAAUAAUUUAUACCUCUGGAUAUGUAAAACGUUUAUUUACCAUGUUGACUUAUCAUCGUCUGCUAAAAUCUACAAGAAAAGAUGCUAGUUCCGGAUUAUGGUUGGGACUUAUCGUCCCUGCUUUAUUACUUAAAACAGAUAAUAAAGCACUCGCUUACGAAUUUUUUCUAUCUCUAAUUGCUGUACUCUUCUUAACGAAAAAUAGUCAUUUUAAACAUGCUGUCAUUCCUAUAUGUAUAUGGCUGAAUUGUCAACAUUUUCACCAUGUUAGUACGGUGAUUCGUUCUUUGUUUACAGUUGUGUUUGUUCUAUGUUUUUCUUACAAAUUACUAAGUUUAUUUCCUUUUUCGUUUACGUUUGGUGAAACUAUGCUACUUGCUCAUCUUUCUGCAGUAUUUCUUCUUACUGAAUGUAAUUUUGUAGUACCAUUUUUAAUACUCUUUCUAAUUGAACGAUAUUCUAUUAGAUUCUCAGUGAAAAUGGCUUUUUCUGUGUUAAUAACACUUACUAUUUUGACUGGAUGCUUUUGGAUUUACACUUGUCGUGUAAAGAUAGCUACUAGCUUCAUUAUAAAUCAAAUUGAAUGCUUUAUUGUGUCAACUAAUUUCAUUUUAUUGAUAUUUUGGUUAUGCUUAUUUAUGCUAUGUGUUUAUAUUACUAUCGUUUAUCGUUGUUCUGAUCAUAACACUUAUCGAAUCAUGAAUAGUAAUACAGUUAAACCAGAAUUUUGUGAUAGUUCAAUGGUAUUAUCCGAUGAAUUGAGCCUAUCCGAUCAAAGUGAAUAUCAUGAAUUAUGUAGCGAAAAUGAGUUAAUUAAAGAUAAUCAUACAACUUGUGAUUUAUUAUAUGAUGAUAGAGAAGAAACGUUCCAAAUUCGUAAACUAUUUCAUUUUGCUGCUGGUAUUGUAUAUUCAUCUGGUUUGCUCUAUUCACCACAUCUUCUUUCAUUGAUGUCUGUCGCAUUACUUAUUGUAUUUUGGUGCUUUGAAUGGAUUCGAAGGCGAGGGACAUCUACUCUUUCCUCCUACCUUAGUACUUUGGUUAAUCCAUUUCGCGAUAAACGAGAUUCUGGUGAUAUUCUAUUCACACCUAUUGCUCUUUUACUCGGUUUAAGUGUUCCUGUUUGGUGGCCACAAAAUAGAAAUUCUAAUGGGAAUAUAAUUAGUAUUGAUCACAAUUCAUUAUCAUUCAUGAGCUUGUGGUUAAAAAACUAUCCUAAUUGUGAAGUGUCGAUUUAGUUUACAAGUUUUAUGGAUAUGCUUAUGACAGAGAGUUAAUAAUCUGUUCAUCAGUGACUAGCUCCAUAUGGAUUCCAGAAUUUCUAGUGAAAAGUGAUUCCUGUUGGAGUUGAACCAUGUCACUAAUACGACUAGAUGCUGACGUUACCCGAAGUGUAUCGUAUCUAACACUCGGUCGUUUCUCCUUCCCUUUAAUGAGCAACCUAUGCUACGAAUUGGAUGUGAAGCCGUCAUCAUGGUCAGGAGUUCUAUCAAUAGCUAUAGGCGAUAGUUUUGCUGCAUUGAUUGGACGAGCUUACGGAAAACGUCGUUGGCCUGGAUCACAUCGAACAUAUUUAGGAUCUUUCGCUUCUUUCUUUUCACAAAUUAUUGUAUGGACAAUUAUAUCAUAUUAUUAUUCAUGGCAUUGGUUAAUCGGUAUUAUUCCUUUAUUAAUUGGUGUACUUAUUGAAGCAUAUAUUGAUCAAAUUGAUAAUUUAGUUAUACCAUUAGUUGUUAUGCUUCUAUUUCAUAGUUUAUAAUAAUCAUAUCAGGUUUUAUUAUACACAUUAUAUGUACUGAUUUAGAUUUGUUUAUUUUCUAUCACAUUUCAUGUAUGUUUAUAUGUUUACUUUUGUAUGUGUACAUAAUAAAUUAAUAUAUAUAUAUA